AUGGUUACGGCUAGACAGGAACCUCGCCUGGUUCUGAUUUCCCUGACCUGCGACGGUGACUGUCUGACUCUCAGUGCAGCCUACACAAAGGACCUGCUACUGCCCAUCAAAACGCCCACUGCAAACCCGGUGCGCAAAUGCAGAGUGCACAGUCUGGACAUUGAGGGAAGGGACUGUGGUGAUGCAGCGGCCGAGUGGAUAACCAGCUUCCUGAAGACACAGCCCUACCGCCUUGUGCAUUUUGAACCUCACAUGCAACCAAGAAAUUCUCACCAAAUAAAGAAGGCAUUCCGUCCCAGUGAGAAGAUUGCUUAUCCUGAUGCCAGCCCGUACCUGAUUCUUUCUGAGGCAUCCUUGGCAGAUCUUAACUCCAGACUGGAGAAGAAAGUUAAAGCCACCAACUUCAGGCCCAAUAUUGUGAUUUCAGGAUGUGGUGUGUAUGAGGAGAUUUCCUCCCCUCCUUCAGGGUCUCAUGUGAUUCUGUACUUUGUCCCCCAGGACUCAUGGAAGGAUCUUCGUAUUGGUGACGUGGAACUGAAAAGGGUGAUAGCUUGUACCAGGUGUCUUUUAACUACUGUGGACCCGGAUACUGGCAUCAUGAGCAGAAAGGAGCCACUGGAAACACUGAAGAGUUACCGCCUGUGUGAUCCUUCUGAAAAAAAUCUGUAUGGACAAUUACCACUUUUUGGACAGUAUUUUGUCCUGGAAAAGCCAGGCAUAAUCAAAGUGGGAGACCCUGUGUACUUGCUGGGCUAG